CAAUCCAAUCCAAUCCCAAUUAUCCAAACUAAUUAGAGAGAUAAAAAGGAGGGAGAGUCUGAAAGCCAUCUCCCUUUUUCCCUCCGAUCUCUCUACACACCCACGAAAAAUUCAAUUUUUUAUUAUCUUUCUAAUGGUAUUUUAAUAAGUAUCAAUUAAAUCCCACCAUUUUCCAAGUAAAUUUACUGGUUGAUGCGUACCUAUAACUUAGACCAACACCAGUUUGUUCUUCAACAUUUUUCCUCAUGGAGAAAAAAGGCUGUCUUCGGGCAUUCUCAUCUCCUGAAUUAGUACCUUCUUCUCCUGUCAAAACUAUACAGCCAGAAGAUUAUAGUUUAGAAGGCAUAGCCACAAACGUAAAGCUGCUGCUAAAAAUAAUUCAAGAGCAUAACGGAGCCAGCACUAACGAUGACCGGAAAGCGCAACGGAUUGCUGGAAUGAUCACCAUCCUAGAUGAUGUUAAAUCGAGGAUUCAAAAGUCUCAAACUGCCAAGAAAAGAUUAGCUGAGCUCAGGCGGUGCAACACAGAACUUAGGCCUAGUGGCACUCCUAGAGACAGGAAAUCACAAGAACCGGUGACGGGCGAUGAUAAUCAGAAGUUGAGAAAACAGCUCACUGCAAGCUUAUCCGCAAGAAAGAGCCUAGAAGUUAUGUGCUCCAGCUUGGGAAAGGAAAAGGAAAUUAUGGCCGGUGAGCUUGCCAGAAAAGUUCAUGAGUUGGACGGAAUGGAGGAACUUGUCGGCGAUCUGAAGGCACAAAACGGUACAUUGUUAACAAAACUACGAUCCAAUUUCGCAGAGAAGAAAAGCAGCGUAGGGGAUGUUCAAGUGAAUGCAGCUCUUCAGGAUCGUAACAAGACACUUUCGGAGCAACUCUUAAAGUCCCUUGAUAGUUAUCGAUAUUUAAAGAGGAAAUACAAGAACGCAAAAGAGGAGAACUCAGAAAUUCGAAAGACAAUCGAAGAAAUUGGGGUUGACGUAUGUGCAGGACUUGAACGGAUCCGCAGCUUCAGGCAAAGAAAGGCGUCGAGCAAGGAUCAAAUAGCAAAUAUGGAAGAGGAGAUUUCAGCGGUAGAGCAAAUGUUCGAGAGAUUUAACAUGAAAAUCUCCAAGCACGAGGAGAAGAAUAUUGAAUGUUCUAAGCCAAAAGCUGAGAUCAAUGCCAGUAAGCCUCCUGUUCUCGCAUGAGAAAGAAUGGGUGACUGAAAUCAUAAGCUGUGAUCAAUUCUGGAAUUUUCGUUGCAUUUAUAUUCUGCAUCAGAAGAUUAUGCAAAUGGAUAGUUAAGAGGCAAGCAGUUGUAAUGCAUCCAAGUAGAAAGAAUUUCAGUUCAUUGACUAGUUAGUUACAUAGGAUACUGCUUCAAGAUGAAUUGCAUCAUUCUCAAAAUACAGAUUAGGUGCUUUGUACAUAUAUGCAAAUUUGAAAAUUCAUACCUAUAUAAACAUUACAUUGUGGAUAGACCAGGAUUUCAAACAAUAGAUUUUAUUAUUAACAG